AUGUCUGCUCCUUUCGCAUUCGUGCCUCGUUCCGUGAAGAAAUCCGGCGCGUCGAAUACGAACGCCGUUGCUGGCCCAUCUGGCUCACGCGCACCCGCUCCUCUACCAACCGUCCAGCCCACCGUGACGGCAUACAAUGACAGGGGCGAAGGCAAAAUGCCAGAAAACACCACUUCUCGUGCUUUCCCACAUACGGAAGACCUAUCAACAUUGGUGUUACUCGCUCUAUCUGACUACUCAAUAUGGCUCAAUGCGGACCUACGCCGCGCCCUCGACGAGACAUGCAUCAAUGGCGAUGAAGACGCCGGCUUUUUACCUCUUAGCUAUCUGGUCAACAGGCGCCCUCUACGUGACGCGCUGACGGAGGACAUCUCAGAAGCCAUGAUUAUCAAGGCGCUCCGGCAGCACGCGGCCGAGUCGAUCGAAGUCCGCAUGCGCAUGGUGGCUUUGCCAACAGCUUCGUGGAACAGCUACACUCGAAGGGCCGAGAGGGAGGCUGGCGGUUACGAGGUGCGGCGCACGGACUGGAAGGAGUUGCGGGAUGCGUCUUGGUCGAGGCUUUCUCAUUCUGAGUGGGAUGCGCGUAUUGUAUACAUUGAGAAUAUUCCCCCAACAUACCGCUCAGUGCCUGGGAUUGCGAGAUUCACGCAGGCUCUUCUCAGCCAGCUGAGGGACGACGCUGGAUCGAUCCAACACAUAACUCUUCCACCACACCACCUAGAUGGACCCCACAACUUACCAAAGUGCAAAGGCUUCGCGCUUGUAACGCUGUCACACCUCAAGGACUGUGAAGUCCUCCUGGCACGAUGGCCUUGGCGCCAGCGCGCAGGUGGACUCUCCGACGACAUGCCCACCUCCGAAAAAGAUGCUGUGCGAUAUGGGUUGCGGACGCUGUCGAAAGAAAGGUGGGAUAAACUGAACGAGCAGUACCUCACAUAUCAGGCAACGCUCAUAGAGCAAACUGUCUCAUCAAACGAAACCUCCAAUUCUUUCGAUGACAUUCUCCACCAAACCAACGACGUACCACCUCCCCGUACAAACGGCAAAACUGCCUUGGACAAGUCGGGGAAGUCGGGCGAGCCUGCCUUCCGACUACCUCCUACUAGGGCCACCACCCUCUCCUCGCCCUACCCCGUCGACUGUCUCGUCUUCGUACGCAAACUUCACAGUGGAACAAACAAGACUACAAUCCGCACACUGCUCUCCCGUGCACUCCAUUCAAUAGACUCGGGCUCGAAACUAGAUGGUAUCGAUUAUGUCGACUUCAGCAAGGGCAUGGAUUCCUGCUAUCUUCGGCUUGCAUCUCCGUCCUCGGCAACACAACUCGUCGCAUACUUUCAAGAAAACCGCGUCGUCCAGGCCCAUGGUCUGGACGACGAGGGGAGAGCAGCAGAGCCUGGCGACGACAAUGCUCCCUUGGAGCUUGAGCUGAUGCAAGGGAAGAAGGAAGAUCUGUACUGGGAAAAGGUGCCCGAGAAAGUUCGCCGACAAGCCGUCGCAAAGGUAGCGGGUCAAGCCAGCGCGCAAAAUGGAGUGAGCAACGUGCAAGGCAAGAAGAGGAAGCACUCUGCCUGA